AUGGCAGACGAACAACCAGAUCUUGUGGCUGGACACCCACCAGCAGUUAAGGCAGGUGGUAUGCGCAUUGUGCAACACAAGACGCCUACGGCCGAGCGUCCAGUAAAUGAUGCCGAGGAUUGUACAGAAUUGACGGAAACUGCUGGUGGGAAUAGCAUGUCUGUAAGCGGCGCUCCCCUGAAGGGCAAUAUUGUGCAUACACCACAGGCCGUACAGGUCGCCCAUGCGCCCAAACCACCGGCGUUUGUUGCACGUAAGCCAACAAUAAUUAUUCAACAACCGCGUAAAUGA